CAGAGGUGAUCUCACCAUGCUGGCAUUGCUGCUGCGUACUGUGUGAGAAGAAAUGCCGUUCAGCCUCAGGGCUCUCAUCAGGGUCGCAGCGGUGGGGAGCUUCUGGGUUCGCCACCUUAGGCUUCAUACUUCCAAGGUGCUCGAAACGCGGAAGAAGGUUGCAAGUGGAAGGCCCAGGGAGAUUGAAUAUGACGUUUCUUCGGCAAGAGGAAUAAACGUAGAACACUUUACCUUUGAGCAGUUUAAAAAAAUAGAUGCAGGCGAGUUCCAGGACCUAUAUGACGAGCUUGUUCUCAAGAACGAAGCUAAGAUCCGCACGCGUUGCAGAAAGGAAGGGCGUUCGAUCAGAGCAAAGUAAAGACGUGAAGACCAGUCCUGCGCUUACGUGUAUCGCGAGGCAGGCGGACGUCAAAGAAAGUUGUCGCCGAGCGAUAGAUGGGGCUCGGUGGCGAUAAGAGGAGGUCGCUCUAAGUUGAAGAAUCUAAGGCGGGAGGAGCUCGUAUCGUUGUUCAAAUCUGGAUUGCACAAUAAGUACGUCGCUAGCUGCAAAUGCGCGUCCGUUGGGCUGCUAGUGGCAUCUGCCGGCCUUGUGUCCAGCCUUUUUGAACAUAAAGAUGGCUUUUCUUCAGCAUGGUGCCGCUUGCAUUCGCGGGCUGGCCCCCUUUUCCCGGGUUGCAGCUGGUGUGUCAAGGCGAUCCUCCCGUCAUAUUCCAAAGGGGGGCCAACUGGUGAUUAAGGGUUCUGUGGAAGGAGGCACGGACGAGCCUUCCUUGGAUCCAAAGCCGGAGAGUCUCACUCAAUCUUUCCACCAGAUUGGAGACAGACCAAUGGUAGAGCGGGGGGCAGCAAAGAGUCAGAAGAUCUCAAUGGGAAGAGACCAUAGCCUCCGGCAAGGUGACUGGAAGGCUAGUCAGCAAGGGUUGCAGGCAGGAACUGGAAGUCGGACCGAAGCUUUUCAGGCUCCUGCUGUGCAAACAACGAGAUCAAAGUCAAUAACUGACAUUUAUGGCCCUUAUGUUCCUCCUCCCAGCAUGCAAGCUGGGGAGGCUUCAGAGGCUGUUGGAUCUGAUAGAGGGGUAGAGCGUCUGAAGGGCACAGAAGUUGGAGUCACCACAUUAACACAAUCGUCCCCUGAGGUGGCUGACUUGUCUGCAUUCAAGUCCAAUGAGAGCAUUUCAGCCGUUUCUGAGACGCUCUCUGAAACUUCGCUGCCGUCGCACCUUCCUAGGAGAGCUUCUCUGGAGGUCAACCCCUCCACAAAUCUGACAUUUUCAGUUGGUGUUGCACCACCCCUCUCUGCACCGUCCGAUUCAGGCAACGAUGCAUAUGCUGCAUUUUCUGCUUUCGCCGUCCUUCCGCUCUUGCUCGUCUUGGUCAUAUCCUGGUUGACUUACAGCAGCUACCGCUCAAAACGACGACCGCUAGAGAUCAGAAUAGGGGGACAGGAUAGUGAGCAUGCGCAAGAUCUAGAAAAGGGAAACGGCAGAUCAAAGCAUCAGAGCAGCACGCUCAUUCAGCAAAUCGCAGAGCGCCUGCCGCAGUUGAAAGAGGUAUACAAACCGUACCCGGGGCUCACCAACCGGCACGUAGAGACGAUUUUUGCCGCGUUCUUUCGGAAGCUUCCAAACGUCCGCUUCAAGAGGGAGUGCUUAGCGGCGCCUGACGGCGGCACGGUGGCCCUCGACUGGCCAAUCCAUGGCGGGAAGAGGGCCUCAGACGAUGCGAUGUGGGGCCAGGAAUUGCCAGCUGGCGCUCCUGUCCUGAUUCUUCUGCCCGGACUGACUGGGGGGAGUGGGGAUACGUACGUCCGCCACAUGCUUGUGCGAGCGCGGCGAGCUGGCUUCCACACCGUUGUCUUCAACAGCAGGGGCUGUGCUGACAGCCCUGUGACUUCACCUCAGUUCUACUCGGCUUCUUUCACCGACGACAUGCGCAUGGUCGCUGCGCACGUCCAGCAGCGCUUUCCGGCCUCCAAGCUGCUGGCGGUUGGGUGGUCCUUGGGGGCCAACAUCCUUGUCCGCUACCUGGGCCAGGAAGGGCCGCGCACACCAAUCGCGGCGGCAGCUUCGCUGUGCAACCCGUUCGACCUGGUGAAAGGCGACGAGGGCUUCCGCACAGGCUUCGGCAAGGUGUACGACCAGUCGCUCGCGAAGAGCCUCAACAGGAUCUUCAAGAAGCACGCGCCCCUAUUCGAGGGCAUAGGCGGAGACUACAACAUCCCGUUGGUGGCCACCGCGAAAACGGUUCGAGACUUCGACGAGGGGUUGACGCGGGUAUGUUUCGGCUUCCCGUCCGUUGACGAGUACUACCGGCAGUCGAGCAGCAUCAACAACAUCCAAGACGUCGCCGUCCCGCUCAUGUGUAUACAGGCCGAAGACGAUCCGAUUGCGCCGAACGACGGGAUCCCUAGAGAGAAGAUCCAGGCAAAUCCGAACACCUUCUUGGUCGUUACGCCGGCCGGGGGUCACCUGGGGUGGAUCGCAGGGGAAGAAGCACCUCUUGGCGCCCCCUGGACAGAUCCGUUGGUCAUGGACUUCUUCAAAACUUUCCUAGAGUUGCAGCCAAGCGGUCGACGGGAUACCCCUAUUGCAGAACAAGAAGUUGGCAAGACGCUGCAGGAGGUGAACAGCUCAGGGGAGGAGGCGCUGGAGCUCUCGCAGAGUUGGAACAAGCGGUGAAGUCGGUAACGGGGAAACGCGUCCGUCAAAGCUCCCCCUAUGUUGACUGGGUUGCAUUGUACCACACCGCAUCAAAGAACCGUACGGGCCAGGAGAAUCAUAAUCACAGAGCUUAUCAAGGUCUAGUGACUCUCGUCUGAUCAUUGCAUGAAGUCUGGUGGUCACACGGAACAUACUGAAGACGCAACUUCGGACUUCGCUAGUGUUGAGGCAGCAGAUGAAGCACGUCAGCUUGACCUCAGUUGAGUUUCACGACAACGUCCUAGGAGGCACAGAGAUACAUCUGCCACACAUUUGAUACAGUAGGGAACUUAUUGACCAGAAGGGGAUGCAUGGUGGAGCGCUGAUAAUGGUAUGCAUGAGCCAGCGGAAGCGCAGUCACUAGGCCCGAAUGCAGACUUCGUUGCCAACAAACCGUGUGUGCUAUAUGAUCAUCGCAUAAGUCCAACUUUGUACAAGGUGCU